AUGGAAAAACACUUGUUUUUAAAUGGUCAACAAUUAAAGGAAUUAAAAAUAAAGUUUCAGCAUCAUCAAGUUUUGCCCAUAAUCGAAGUUGAGUUAAUGCAAGCACUGGAUCAAAAAACUGAAAAUUUUCGUGAAGAUAUCGCUAGCCUAGUAGCAGAAGAAAAAGGAAAGAAGAAACGAAAAUCAAAGAAUCCUGUGGUUGACGAAAGCUCAAACAACAACAAUAAUAACGAUGAGAAUGCCAAUACAUUAAUAAAUAGGAAUAAUUGGAAGUUACAAUCUGGAAUCACCAUCAAGAGAUUAUUAAAAGAAGCGACAAAUCUCAGUGGACACGUAAUGAGGUUGGAGAAUUGGGGAGUAAUUAGAUGUGGAUUAAACAUUUCUAGACCCAAAUGGUGUGCAGAAGCUGAUUAUAAUGAAAUCCAGCAAAUCUGUAAAAAAAAGGCACCAUAUAUUUCUCCUUCAAGAACAUUAAAGGAAAUCGUUAAGCUGGACCAUAAAAACAAGUUGGAUAAUAAUAAAUUGGUAAAUAUUAAUCAAGAACUCAAAGAUCCACUCACUACCUUUUCGAUAAGAAUUUUAAAAUAUUUAUUUGAGUUUGUUUAUCCCAAUAACACCAUAAUACAACGUGGAAAUAUAUCCGAGAGUUCGUACAAAUUGUACGUAAUUAAUAUUUGUUUAAUGAAGCUUUUAUCUGGACUACAAGAUGAUUUGAUAUAUAAACCAAUUAUUACACAUUUAAAAAAAUGUUCAAAAUUCAAAGCUAUGCAUCCUGGAGUGUAUGAUCAAUUUUUGGAUCAGAUAGUUCAAACAGUGGAAUCUCUGAGCGAAGUAAUUCUAAGAAAAUUUGUCACAAAACAUUAA